AUGUCUGCGAAGAAGCAGCAGGAGUUGCAAGCCCAAUAUUCAAACUACAAGGAAACACUCCAGGCCAUCGCCCAGAAGAUCGGUGACGUCGAACAAGAAACCGAAGAGCACAAACUAGUCCUUGAGACUCUGGGCCCUUUGUCCGGCGAGCGCAAGUGCUUCCGAAUGAUCAAUGGCGUCUUGGUGGAGAGGACGGUGAGCGACGUCCUGCCUGCUCUGCAGACCAAUGCGGAUGGGUUGAAGGAAGUGCUGGAGAGUUUGGUCAAGCAGUAUCAGAGUAAACAGGAGGAGAUGGACAAGUGGAAGGUAAUCUUACUUUGGCACCUUUUCUGGGUGCAUCUGCUGACAACCUAG